ACAGACAUACACUGACAGUGGGGUCACAAGAUGAUUUCCAAAUAAAAAUAGCAAUAAGAAAUAGCAUAUUGUUGCAAAAGAUACAACAAUUAUAGUAGUUGAACUUGAAAUAAAAUAAUGUCAUGAUGCUAUUUGUCCCCUGAUUAUAAAAGAUUAGCUGCAGUUGCAACAGGACAAUUUCCUGCACAACAGGAAACAUUCACAUAUGUGUGUGUUGGUGAUUUUCAUUUUGUGUAUUUUAUGUGUAUGUUUAAACCCCCAGUGUCUGACACAAUGUUAUCUUAAAUUUCAAUUAUCUAUAAUGUGUAAAUGUAAUUGCAUUUGUAUUUUCUUUAUUCAUAAUGUGUCUUUAUAAACACUUUUACAUUCUCUUAUUUUAGUUUUAAAAACAUAAACUUGAACAGACUAUUAAUUCACAUGACAUCUUUACUUCAGGGGCUCCGAGGCUGUACAAUUUGGUUUCUGCUUCCAUCUCCAGCUCUAAAUUUUCCUUGAGCACCUGAAGGCAGCAUGACUGACCAUGUGUCGUUUUCGUCAUUCAUGAAUAAUGAACAUUUAUCAUGUGUUUCAUCAUAUGUUCUCAUGUGAAAUCAGCACAUGUUUGAGUCAGAACACUUUGCACCAUAAAACUCAGAAUUAAACUCCUGUGGCUUGAGUUUAAUGUGAUUUAGUGAUUGCUGCCAUCUAGAGGUGUAAAUUAAAUACAGCACCACACAAACAGGAGGCCAUUGUGCAUCGUCACGGAUCCUGCACGUGCUGUUCACCUCCAACUGCCCAACAUGGCCUCAAUAAAGGAAAGAGCUGCGGCCUUGAACCUCGCAGGGAAACUGUGUGUGCGGCCUCCAGGUCAUGGAGUGUGUGGUAAACCUGCAGGCCUCCAGUCCUCCUCCCUGUGGAGCGGCCUCCUCUCUCACCUCAGGGCCUCUGUGACUGUGAAGCGUCGACGGGUUCACCUCAAGUCUCACGGCGACUGUUUCCUGGGCUCAGAGGCCGUAGAUGUGGUGACAGAGCAUUUAAACCACAUCCAGAGCUUCGAGGGUGCGGACGUGUCCCGGGACAAAGUGGUGAGCGUGUGCCAGGCUCUGUUGGAGUGUAACGUGUUUGAGGCGGUGGGAACCAAAGUGUUUGGGAAAGACAAGAAGCAGGAUUCCUUUCAGGACAGCAAAUGUGCCCUUUACAGGUUUGUAAACGUGCACAUGCCUUCAGUUGAUGAGCUGGAGAGAGCCAUGCUGGUGAAUGGGAUUCAGAAACUCUUCUGCAGCGCCUCAUCAGACAGGCAGGAGAAGCAGGUGAGUCUUCCUGGGUCACGUGUCCCCAUGUUAACUCCCAUCAAGUCCACUCAGACGCCCACCAGAGCAAAGCAGCCGGAUGCUCCUGUCACCGGCCGCCUGACGGUGGAGGCCGAGGUGGACAAUCAGAGCGUGAGUCCCAGCAAACUGCAGACGGACUCCGUGUUACCACAGUCGUUGGUAGAUGAGGUUUGGCAUGAGCAGACCCUCCUCAGGCUGCUGAACCUGGUUGAGCUCCCCCUCCUGGAAGGGGUGCUUCAGUGCAGCCAGACCCUGUCGCCCCCGGCUCCGUCACACUCGCUGUCCCACAGUAACCCAGACCUGAUCUACAGCAGCAACCACCUGGACAGACAGAUCCUCAAGGCCUUCAGGGAGACUCAGGAGGACGAGUGGCUGUGUGCAGCUCUGGACUGUCUGGACUUCCUGUCUGAUCAGCCGGUGGUGGAGCUGAGCCGGGAGCUGCCUCACUGUUUCCCUCAGGACCAGGAGAGCUGUGACCAAGCGCCAGCUGGUAGCACCAACCAAGAUGGAGGCUACAACAGUGAUGAGCCUCGUCUCUCCCUGAGUGGUCUGGCCCAGUGUAAACUGCUGGUGUACAGGACUCUGGUGAAACACUACAGUCACACAGAUCAACCUCCGCUGCUGCCGCAGAACAUGACUGACGUCUGCACUGCCGUCACUGAGCUGCUGGUGAACGCAAAGUUAGACAAGGCCCUGGAGGCUCUGCAGCUGUGCUUGAAACUGCUGCCACCUAGCUGCAGAGACGAGCUGCGCAGGCUGCUUACGUUCAUGACUCUGGCCGCUGAUCCACAGGCGAUAAAACUGGAUAAGGAGAUGGAAAACAGGUUAGCAGUGAAGAGGUCUUUCUCCAGAGCCAUCGUCCACAGCAAAGCUCUUUCAAAGGAGAACGAGGAUCUGCUCGUGGUCUUCAUGCUCAGCAACAUAAAGGAAAUCUUCAAGAUACCAGGAGCUCUGCACAAAGGAGUGAGUGAGAAGCUGUCCAGCCUUGUGCAGGGGACGCAGCCUGAUGUGACGGGCUCCACGUUACGUCAGCAGGUCUCCAGCAGGACUUACACUGACGCUACAAAGGAGACCACCAAGCAGGAGCUGUGGGCUCUGCUGAACAGCAUCAACACCAACACAAAGAUCUCAGCCAAGGAGAGGAAGCGUCUCCUCGGACAGUUUUACCGAGGCCACCCAGAGAUAUUCAACCAGUUCUUUGGUGACUCUGCUGUUAGCAUGCUGUAGAUGAUCAUAAGCCAUGUCUCUGAUUUAACAAUUAAUUAAAAAAUGUUUUUGGGGGUCAGAGGUUAAGACUAUGCUCAAGUUAAAGUUGGGAUUGGGGAACUGAGCCUGAAAUUAUAACCCUGUCUCAUGCAUUAAUGGGGACAACCAAGUCUCCUUCCCUUAGUCCACCAGGCUCCACCCACCAUCCUCAAUGACUUGCUUUAUUAUGGCCUGUUAUUUAUCAAUAAAAACUAACAAUGAAC